UUGGUGAUGUAAAGUUAAUACCAAACAAAAUGCUUUCAAUCGUCAUGUCCCGUUCCUCACUACACGUUUCAAAAUAUCAAUCCCAUUAAUAUUCUUUUAUGAGAUUUUAAUGGCAUCAUUUGUUACUUAAAAUAUCAAAAACAGGAAAAGAUAAUGUUGAUGGCAAGGGUUAGAAUUUGGUGGAGUCAUUCAAAGACUGUAGCUUUCAUCUGGUUUAUCUCUCUCGUCUUGUUCUACUCUUUGUUCCACAUGGCCCUCAAUAAUUCAUUCCAGAAUUACCCUUCUUCUGUUUCAGAUUCUCAUAUUGCAAAUGAGGAGCGGAGGACAAAAUUGUAUGAUAAGAUUGCAAGGGAUUUGGAUGAACAUGGAGCAGUUUUCCUGAAGCAAGGGGAAACAUCUCAGUCAUUGUCUCUUUCAGACAUCUUCAAUCUCAAAGAUGGAGCUGUAACACCUGUUCUUAAGGCAGCAAAUCCUCCUGUACGAGCAAAUGUUUUGUAUAUGAGCACAGAGUACUCAGUGCAUAUCUCAGAGGCUGUAAAACGUAUAUUCAGUCCACAUUUUUAUAAAGCGAUCUGGUUUCAGAAUUCAAGUUUGUACCAUUUUAGCAUGUUUCAUGCCUCCCAUCAUAUUUCACCUGUUCCUGCCACUGAAGAUGAGAUUGAAGCUGAAGCAGCUGCUGUUAGAGCUGUGGCAGAGGGCCUCUGUCCUUUAAAAAUUGUCCUGGACAGGGUGGUUUUAACUUCAACUGGUGUGCUUCUGGGUUGCUGGCAGGUGAUCUCUGGAGCUGAUCCUGUAACUGUUCGUGCUAAACUGAGAACUGCACUUCCACAUGCACCUGAAAAGCAGCUUUAUGAUGCUGCUAUUCUUCACACAUCAUUUGCAAGGCUUCUGGGUCACCCUACGGCUUCAUCCAUGGAGCAUCAAAAUACUUCAGAUCAACUCAAAUUCUUCCAUGAGCUAGUUGCUCGUCUAAACAGCGAGAUUCGUGGAUUUGAGGCAAAGGUGUCUGAGCUCUGGUAUGUGGAAGAAUAUGACUUGCUGGCCCUCGCCUUGGACGGACGAAUGAAGGUUCGCAGGUUCCCACUGGGAUGCUCAAAGCCCUGAAGAUUCCAAACUACAUGCUCAUUUUAAUCAAGAAAGAAAGUUUUCCAACAAUGGCUGCCUCUUCAAUCAUGUAUUAAUAGUGAAAGUUUGCAGUUUACUGAUAAAUUAGUUAUACUCUGUUUUGGGUUGUGCCACUGCCACCUCGUGUAUUAUAAUUUGUCCCUUUCUUUCUUUUCAA